GAAAAAUCUGAAGAAGAAGAAAGAGCUUUAUGGACACUUUAGUCCGCAAAAUAAACAAUCAUCAUGGACAGAAAGAAGAAACCCUUCGAAGUGACGGCUUCAUCGCUGGUGGAUCUUAAAGCUGAGCUGUACAGGAAGCAGGAACAGUUCAAGCAGGAGAAACUCGGAAAAGACAGUGGCGGAUACAAAGCAAAACCCAACAUAAAGAAACCAAAUGUCUGGAGCAAGCAAAACGCUGGGGUCUCAGCAAGAGCUGCGAAAGAUGCAGAGCAGCUGUCAGAAGAGCAGAUUACCCUCGACACAUCGAAACGCAAGCUGGAGGAAAAAGCCAGACUCUACGAGCAGAUGACAAAAGGAGAUUUUCCAGAUGAAGAGACAGAAGGGUUGUUCCUCGUUGACUUCACCCAGAAGAUCAUAGACAAAAAGAGGGAAACGUUUGGUCAGAAGGAGGCAGAGGAGGAUGAUGAUGAUGACAGAGACUGCUACUCAUCACCUGUUCCCCCUCCUCAGAACCCAGAUGAGGAAUGGGUGGACUUUGUUGAUGCUUUAGGGCGAUCGCGAAGAUGCAUGAAGAAAGACCUGCCAGAUUUCAAGAAACUGGAUCAAGACUUUAAAGGAAAGAGUUGCUUUAACAGUGCCUCUAUUGACAAGACCUUACUCUCAGAGGACAUGCGUCGAGAAUUGCAGAGGCAAGAGUGGGAGAGAGAGGAGGAGGAGGCCAUGAGGAAACCUGUUGGACCAAUCCACUACGAAGACAUCCGAGGCCAAGAGGCUCGGGACCUUGGUGUGGGAUACUAUGCUUUCUCUCAGGAUCAGGAGCAGCGCAGAAAACAGAGAGAAACCCUUGACAUGCUCAGAGACCAGACCACAGAUCAGCGCACUAAAAGAGAACGACUGAAGGAGAAGAGGCAGGCCAUCCUCAAGGCCCGACUGGCUAAGGUGAGGCAGAGGAAGAUGAAGAAGGCCAAGCUGGAUGGCACAGAGGAAGAGGACAGAGAGGAAGAAAACCAAGAAGAGGAGGAGGAGGAAGAUGAUGAACUGGGCGGACCCGUCCCCCUGCCAGAGCAGUGCUCUGAGGCCAGCAUACUGAAGAAGGUGGAAGUGGAGAUCCAGGAGAGGAGAGACACCAAACCAGGAGUUCCUCAUGUCCGAGAAUGGGACAGGGGCAAAGAGUACAUGUUUAGUGAGUGGAAAUCCCGGCGGCGAGAUGAGCGAGAUUCAGAAUUUGCACCACCGUCUGCAUAUUUUAGUGAUGAGAAGAUGAACAGACAAAAGCCAGGGAAGACUAACAAUCAGCAGAAUAAAAGUGCCAUGUCCUUCAGUUGGAUGAAAGGCCCCGAAGAAGUCUCUGAGAGCGAUGCCAGAGCACAGCCUCCACCUAAACCUGCUUCCCCACCUCCUCAACCCCAACAGAAUCCUCCUCCUUCUUCCUCCCAGCCACCGCCUGCAGAGAGCGCCUCACAUUCUGCCCCGCCUUUUCAUUCCCCUCCUGUGUUUUAUCCUUCAUUUCCUCCCCCUCCUCCUCCCCACUUUGCAGGUCCUCCUCAUCCCUUCCCUCCAUUUCUCCCUCAAUACUCCAACUAUUAUCCUCCCAACUUCCCACCGCAGUACCCCCCUCAGCUCCACAGUCAGAUGCAGCAGCCUGGUCAGGAGCCUGCUCCUCCUCAGGGGCCCCCUCAGGCUCCGCCUCCCUCUCAGGGGCCCCUUCAGGCUCCUGCUCCUCCUCAGGGGCCCCUUCAAGCUCCUCAAGGGCCCCCUCAGGCUCCGCCCCCCUCUCAGGGGCCCCCUCAGGCUCCGCCCCCCUCUCAGGGGCCCCCUCAGGCUCCUCCACGCCGUCCUCCUCAGGCCCCUUCUCAGAGUCUGGAUGACAUAUUAUCCUUCUACAGAAACUUUUCCUGAUUCCAGUUCCGAAGAAAUGUUAGAAGCAAUGAAACACAGUUCCAAUUCUCUUGAAUUAAAGUAAUAAAUAUUAAAACAUAUUAGGGAUUUACCUUCACUCAGUUCUGACUUGGUCUUGUCUUUUUAGGUUCAGUUUGGUAAUUUUAGAAAAGAAAAACCUUGGGAAGACUUUGCUUUAAAAAUUUUCCCUGUUUAUUUCACUCAUGCAAUAUCAGAGAUAUUGAUAUGACUGUUGGAAAUUAGAAGACAUUUGAUUUUUGAACAUUUCCUUACACACAUGAAAUCCACCUGAUGGCGCUUUACACCUGAUUUAUACAGCGGGCUGCUCCUUUAAAUUACUUAAUCAAUUGUCUUAAUUAAAUAACUACUUUUUAAAGCAAUAUAAUCAUAUGCAUUUAAAAUGUCUAUUAAUUUGUGACAUGUUAAAUGUCCUGACAUAUCCGAUUGCCUGAAAUUGAUAUUUGAGUAAGUGCACACAUGAGGAAAAGUACCAGAUCUUCAGAAAAUGCAACCAAUAAAUAUCUAGCAUCUUAGCUUUGAUUUUUGUUUCUGCAUGUUUACUCUGGAAACCACAUGGUUUUUCAAUUCAGUUUAAAAAUCCCCCAUCAUGUCUCAAACAGAGAUGUAAUAUACUCCACUUAGUCUCUUCCUUCUCUCCUCUGACAGUUUUAUGAACCCCACAAACCGGCCAUGUCAUUUUCAGGCCCUGUGUACUGUCACUUUGAAUUAUUUCUCUCUCACUUGUCUAUUUAAAGAGGAAUUCAUCAUAUUUUUAACUUUAGAAGUGCCAGAGAUUAUGACUUGAUUCUUCUGAAGUACAUGCCUCAAACCAUACUGGUCAAGUAAAAUAC